UAAUACAGAUUAAGACAAUGUUUUUACUUUGCAAAGAAAACAUAUGAUCAUUGAUAUGGUGAAGCUUUCUGUAAGUAGACAUUUUAUUUAACUUUUAUGGAAAGAGUCACCAGUGUCAGCACUUUAACUGAGUACAUUUACUGCCACUGAUUCUUCAGAACAGAGGAGUUAGCACUUCCCAGUUUCUCUGUAACAUCACAAGAUGCAAUUUCUAAUUUAAAAUCAAGAGAGAGGAAAAAAGAGAGUGAAGGAAGGACUGUUUAUAGGCGCUGUAAAUAAGUGAUUGCAGGAAGUAAGUUCCACAACAUUAAAUGUAACUAUAAAUGGUUAAGAGCACAACGUGUUGUUCAUAAUAAUUAAAAAAUUACAAUUGUUGACAAAUUGCUGUGGUAUAAGAGGAAUAAAAUACUUGCUGUUUAUCGUUGUAAGAAAAUAAUCCAGUUCAGGUUGCCAUGGUGGAGUAUUUUCCUAUAACAGCAUUCCUUACUUGUUGUAUUGCUGUAAAUAGUUUCGGUUUGAUUACAGUGUGUUCUUUUUUUUUUUUAAGUAUUACUAUUCUGUCCUCCCAAGUCCUUUUAAAUGCAUAAUUUAUUAGCUGCACUGAAAUAGUUUCUGCAGUGCCUUUUAGCUUAACCAUGCCUUUGGUCUCAAGUUCCUCCCGCGAUGACCAAAAGAGAAGUUUUCCAUUUGCAAUAUUUUUAGGUUUUUUUGCAACAGUGUCUUUUCCCAAAACCCACUUCUCUGUUGGAGAGCUUUUUUAGUUGGCUUUAGAAUGAUUGCAUGGCCACAUGGUUUUCAUGACGGCAUUUCUUUGACUUUUCUGUAGCAUUUUAUGAGACUGUGAUAUCCGUGGAAAAUCUGAGCACAUCUCUGCUGUGACUGUGGUGAGACUGUAUCAGAUCAUAUCCAAGGUUCUGGUGUUCUUCAGGCUCUAAUUGCAGAGCCCAUCACUGGUUUUAGUUGCCCCUUUGCAUGAUCUUUUUGCCACAGAAAUCAGUUGCAUCACUUCUUAAAAUCUGCUUGGCAGAUUUGGUGGCGUAAUUAGAUCUUGGUGCUAUACAAGUAACCUUGGAUGUAUCAGCUCUCACUUGAACAGUCCUCCCAUAGUACAGACCUGAUCCUAAAACAUGUCCCAGAUCUAGACACAUAAAUCUAAUCAUACUUUGAGUUAACUGUUUUAGUGAUGAUUGUUUUUUAAAUUAGUGGUUAGAGUCUAAGUCAAAAAAUCCACCCGACUUUCAUAACUUGAUCAGCCAUGUCCUCACCACCUUCACAGCCUGACCUGUGGUCACCUGACCAGGGCCAAGAGCAUAACAGUCGGGAGAGUAAAUUAAUUUGCCUCCAUUUUAAAUAAUGUAAUAAUGUAGUAAUAAGUAUCAGCUGAUUAAAUAUAACGUUAACUAUUUAAUGCUAACUAAGCGGUUCGCUUCUCAUCCUCCUACAAUACUGUCUUCUUUAAUGAAAGCAAAUCCAACAAGUAGUCAAAAUCACCCAAAUCCAACUGUGACAUGCUGGAUGGUUGAUUUGUUAUGGCAUAUCAAGCUGGCGUGUCAGUGUGGUGAGUUUGUCUGUCAUUUAUAGGAAUUGCAGGAUGCUUCAGGAAGACCUCAUGAGCAUCUUUGGGCAUUACAGUGUGACACUGACUCAUUUCCUGGUUCGGUAAAUUAUACAGCAAGCAGCAAAUUAUAUGUGACAGGUGUUGACAAAGCAUGCACGCCAGCAGCCCAGCCUAGUCAUUAUCUCACUGUAACUGAGAAAUUACGGCCUGUUUUCUUUUCGCGCGCCAACCCUUUAAUAUCAUUACUUGAAGAAUGUCACGGUGGUGCCGUACCCAAAGCGGAGAGCAUGGUGUCAAAUUCAUGCUGGUUUUUGAAAUCUGUUGGCAUGCAGAGAAAACGUGUGUGUGUGUGUAUGAGGAAGUGUGAAGGACACUAACACUAGGCUGAAAUUCCAUUUAGUUGUAUUUGAUCUCUAGAUGUUUUGUUUGCAUUUGGGUCUGUUAUUAAAGCCAGUAAUAUUCAGUAGAUUUCUAUUGCUGAGGCUCUACCGCUUUAAUUUUGAUGCCUUCUUCUUCUUCGUCUUUCGGCUACUCCCAUUAGGGGACACCACACAGUGGAUCAUUGGUCCGCCUAUUUGAUUUGGCACAGUUUUUACGCCGGAUACCCUGCCUGACGCAACCCUCCCCAAUUUUAUCCGGGCUUGGGACCAGCAGUGGGAGUGCACCGUCAUGUGCAACCCAAGUGGAUGGGGUUGGUUCCCUGUCUGAGAAUUGAACCCAGGCCGCGAUGGGACCUCCAGGGACCCUUAAUUUUGAUGCCUGUGUUAUGGAAAAAAAAGUAUAUAACCAAUAUAGUAGAUGGCAAGAUGAAUAAGAGCAUCAAUCAGCAACACUUUGGAAGGACCAUCCUUAAUCUUGACAUGUGAAGCCACUCAAACCACUUAUUAAUGAUAAAAAGAAGAAACCUGCUGAAUUGUGGUCUAUAGUCCUUUUCAUUGAGGUAAACAAUAACAAAGUUACUGUGCAUGUCCAUCCUAAUGCAUUUCCUGUGAUGCCAUUUUUAAAUAUAAAGCUGUCAAAACACAGUGAUUGACUCAUACUUAUGAGUCUCCCAAACACCAAACAAGUAAGAUACAAAUACAUGAUUGUUUGUCAUUACCACAUCCUUUGAACAAGAAUAUGAGGAACAGUGAGAAAACAGUUUUUUUUUUCCCACUGACAUAAAACUUAUACAUGAAGUGACUUACCCUGAUCUAUAGCAUUUCCUUGCUGAUAGUUUGACAUAGUGUGAAUGCUUAAAAUGUACUCUCUUAGCAGACAGAUGGGAAAUAUUUGCUUUUUAUUAUGCAGAUGGUAUCUGUAUUCGGUGUUAUAAAGUUGGAGUGAGUCAAACGUGGUCUAAAAUGCACUCAGCAUGGUUUGUUGCUAGCAAGGAAGGAGAAGUUGAGUGGUUUUUUGUUUGGCAAGCGAAUGCAUUACACAGCUGAAUAUUCAACUGUUCAGUAUACGACAUGCGGUUUAAAUGUCUGUUCGUUGAUUUCUCAAGUCAUUGAAUAUUGUGUCUUUUAAACAUGAAAUAUUACAUGUAAGCUGAGAUAAAACGGCUGGUCUAGAACCUAGAGUUAGUGGGAAUCCAGCCAUAUUGCUUCUCUGCAGCAAUCUAAGCUUUUCACUUUGCAUUGUCUUUUGGAAAUGAAUGCAUUUUAUUUCUGAAAGCUAGUUGUACCUUGCCUGAGGGAACAUCCAACAACUGAACAACAUGGUGCUAAUUAUAAUUUGGACAUCCUGUUAUUAUAUCAAGCUGCCAGUCUUCCUAUGGCUCUUCCUUAGUGUUUUGAAUGAUGUUUACCAUCAACCAGAUAUGUUUUAGGUAUAGCCAUGUCACUUCCUUCAUUCAUGAAUAUUCAUUGCAGCACAUAGAGUGAUAUGAGGUCACUGAAGAGAGGAAUAACCUCAAACUUCUCUCCUCGGCUGUUGUUUUGAGAGAGAGAGAGAGAGAGAGAGAGAGAGGUCAGAGACAGUGAAAAUCCCACUUCUCUUUGGUGACACAGUGGAAGUGCCACUCUCAGCUUAAAACACAAUAGAGCUGACAGAACGGGCGAUCAGUGCUUUCAUUGAUUUUCACACUCCGCUCUGCUGUGACAUGGGACAGUGUGAUGAUGGAGGCCAAAGUCAUCAGGUUUCUCUAUAGCAGAAAAUGCAAAGAGAUCCGGGCUCAGCUGGUAGAACAGCUCAAAUGUCUGGAUCAGCAGUGCGAGCUUCGUGUGCAGCUCCUCCAGGACCUUCAGGACUUCUUUCGCAAGAAGGCUGAAAUCGAAAUGGACUACUCGCGCAAUCUGGAGAAACUGGCUGAGAGGUUCCUGGCCAAGACACGCAGCACCAAGGACCACCAGUUCAAGAAGGAGCAGAAUGUGUUAUCUCCAGUGAACUGCUGGAACCUGCUGUUGACUCAGGUGAAGCGUGAGAGUCGUGACCAUGCCACUCUCAGCGAUCUCUACCUCAACAACGUCAUACCACGCUUUGCCCAGAUCAGUGAGGAUUCUGGACGCUUAUUCAAGAAGAGUAAAGAGGUGGGACUUCAGCUGCAGGAGGAUUUGAUGAAGGUCCUCAACGAGCUGUACACGGUGAUGAAGACUUAUCACAUGUACAAUGCGGAUAGCAUUAAUGCUGAGAGCAAGCUGAAGGAGGCAGAGAAGCAGGAAGAGAAGCAGAUGGGACGUGGGGCACGCCAAGAGGAGCGCCAAACACCACGCUCGCCUGACACACUCGCCAGCGUCAGGCUCGAUGACAAGCCUGUUCGCCGGAGCUCUGUGAAAAAGAUCGAGAAGAUGAAGGAGAAGCGCCAAGCCAAAUACACUGAGAACAAGCUGAAAGCCAUCAAGGCAAGGAAUGAGUACCUGCUGGCUCUGGAGGCGACCAACUGCUGCGUGUUCAAGUACUACAUUCAUGACCUCUCUGACCUCAUUGACUGCUGUGACCUGGGCUACCAUGCCAGCUUGCACCGGGCUCUGCGUACCUACCUCUCUGCUGAGUUUAACGUGGAGACGUCAAAGCACAGCGGCCUGGAGACAAUUGAGAACGCAGCUGAGAACCUCGAGGCCCAGGCUGACAAACAGAGACUAAUGGAGACCUACAACAACAUCUUCUGCCCACCCAUGCGCUUCGACUUCCAGUCUCAUAUGGGGGACCAGAUGGGCUACAUGUGCGCUCAGCAGCCGCUACAGGGAGAACUUCUGCAGAGGUGCCAGCAGCUCCAGUCUCGUCUUUCCACACUCAGGAUAGAGAACGAGGAGGUGAAGAAGACCAUGGAGGCGACUCUGCAGACCAUCCAGGACAUGGUGACCAUUGAGGACUUUGAUGUGACUGAUUGCUUUCACCACAGCAACUCCAUGGAGUCGGUGAAGUCCACGGUGUCCGAAUCGUUCAUGAGCAAACCAAGCCUGGCAAAGAGACGAGCCAAUCAGCAGGAGACUGAGCAGUUUUACUUCACGAAACUGAAGGAGUUCCUAGAGGGCAGAAACCUCAUUACCAAACUGCAGGCCAAGCACGACCUUAUCCAGAAGACCCUGGGAGAGAGUCAGAAGACUGACUAUUGCCUUGCCAGUGGACGGAGGAACUCGACCGCGAGAAAACAGGAAUCUGCUCAGGUCAUACCGCUGAUCGUGGAGAGCUGUAUUCGCUUCAUCAGCCGACAUGGCCUGCACCAUGAGGGCAUUUUCCGAGUGUCUGGCUCACAAGUGGAGGUCAAUGACAUUAAGAACGCCUUUGAGAGGGGUGAGGAUCCUCUGGCUGGAGAUCAGAACGAUCACGACAUGGACUCCAUUGCCGGUGUCCUCAAACUCUACUUCAGAGGCUUGGAAAACGCCCUCUUCCCGAAGGAGGUCUUCCAUGACCUCAUGGCCUGUGUCUCCAUGGAGAAUCUCCAGGAUCGAGCUGCCCACAUCCGCAAGGCCCUUCUGUCUCUUCCCACCAACACCCUGGUCAUCAUGCGAUACCUGUUUGCAUUCCUCAACCAUCUGUCUCAGUACAGUGAGGACAAUAUGAUGGAUCCCUAUAACCUGGCCAUCUGCUUCGGCCCCACACUCAUGUCUGUGCCUGAGGGUCAUGACCAGGUCUCUUGCCAGGCCCAUGUGAACGAGCUGAUCAAGACUAUCAUCAUCCACCAUGAGAGCAUCUUCCCUGGGCCACGUGAGCUUGAGGGCCCUGUGUAUGAGCGUGGAGGAACCACUGAAGAAUACUGUGAUAGUCCACACAGCGAGCCCCCCCUAGUGGACGAACCCACACCUGAUACCGUCUCAGACACCCAUAACAGUGAUGAUGGCUCCUUGAACGUUUCAGAGUCAGACCCCAUCGAGGCCAUCGCACGCUUUGACUACUCAGGCCGUAACAACCGUGAGCUCUCGUUUAAAAAGGGCGCCUCGCUGCUGCUGUACCACCGUGCUUCUGACGACUGGUGGGAGGGACGACACAACGGCGUUGACGGCCUCGUGCCCCACCAGUACAUCGUGCUCCAGGACAUCGCGGAUGGUGGUUACACAGGUCGAGGCAGUCCAAAAGCUGACCUAGAGGCUCCCCAUGAUGGAAUAGAGGAGAAAGUGUCUACUAGAGGCAGUGCCAGCUCUCCCAUUGGAGGCCAUGUAGCUGAUAUCUAUUUGGCCAACCUCAACAAGAUGAGGAAGCGUCCAGAGGCAAGUGGAAUCCGCAGGACGUUCCGGCCGGUAGAAGGCACCGGCGAGGGUUCAUCCGUACCAGCAGGAGGUCUGAGAGGCACAUCGUUGCCUGCAGCUGCUCUGCCAAAAGAGAGCACAGACAAGCGGCCGCUAAGCGCCCACAGUGUCCUCAACUCCAUCACCCGCCACUCAUCCCUCAAAGCCAAGGUAGAGAGCCCUCAGUUCCGCAGAGGCACCCCUGCUGGACGCUCCAAGAGUUUUAGCAACCAUCGACCUCUCGACCCGGAAGUGUUCUCGCAGGUUGAGCACAGCUCACAGGAAAUGAGCACGGCGCUGAGCGAGCUGCAGGAUCUGGACAAGAAGAGCAGCGUGAAGCCGGCGCCCGACGUCGUGCUCGACACUCUGGAGCAGCUGAAGAGUGGCGGAGCCUCCGAACCAUCCAGCCCGCUGCACUCCCGUCCGCUCCAGCACCCGCUCCAGUGCCCACUCCAGCGCAGUGCCAGCUCGGCCAGCGACGUGCCCUCCGCCUCACGCCCAGUCAAGAGCCCAGCACCCAAGAGCCCUCUGUCCUCAGGAACGACGGCCACUGCACUCUCUCCUUCCACUUCCACUUUCCGAGAUAACCGGCCGCCAGCCACCAGACCCAAACCUGCAGUCUUCCCUAAAAGUAGCAGCUCCAGCAGCACCACUAGUAUCCCUCCAUCUCCCCCACCACCUCCUACACCUACCGAUAAAUCCUGCCCGGCUUGAGAAAUCCAUAAAACCUUGCUUUAUUGUGAUUCCAAAAUCCAGCCGCUGUUUUAUCCUGAUUGUCAGUGGAGGGAUAAAUAACUAACCUCUUUUAAUUCAUUCAUUAUGGACAGUAACCUCAAUUCUGAAAUGCAGUGUGUGGAUGUGAGUGUGUGUAUUGUCUGUGUGUGGUCCACAUGCACAUGGUGGGAUUUUUCAGCACUGUUGAAAUCCAAGAAAAGAAAUCUGGCUGGGACGUGAACACUCUCGAUCCCUCUUUAUAAUCUAGGUUUAAUGAUUUUUUUUUUUUUAAGAGUUGUGAAUUGGAUUGGAUUAUUUUGGAAAAUAUGUAGCUGUGAAUAACUCUUAUGUUCCUUCCACUCUCUUUACUUAAAUACUUACUCUUGAGGGAGCUGGACUUUACGUGUGCCAUGACGGAAACUGAACUUUACUGCAAUACUCUACUAUGAACUCCAUAGCAUUGCGGUGGAAAAUGUAUCUGUGUAUUUAUAUGCAGCUUUUUUAAGUACUGAGAUUGUGUCCUUGUUUUCGUCAGGAUAAGCGAUGUUGGCUUGUACCCUCCUCACAUUGGAUACACCUGCAGUUGUAAUUCAGGAUAAAGCCCAAAAGCUUCAGUACUUCUUCUCUGUAGGAAUUCCAGCAUGGCAAUACACACCUACUUUCUUAUUUUCGAUAACUGUUAAUUCUAACUUUUUUGAAUGCUAAUCAGCAGUUAUAUAUAUACCUUUAGCCUGUUAGCCGUGAACUAUUAUUAACCAUUUAUCCACAAGCACCUGGCAAGCUCUCAGGACAAAAAAAAAAAUAAAAUCGCAUCUCGCCUUAUUAUACAAUGUCAACACGUGAAAAGAGCAGUACUGACAGAUAUUGUCGCAUUUGCAAUUUUUGAUCAUCGCAGCGACUUUAUCUUCUCUAGUUGAAUCAGUAGGUAAAAAAGUGGGCGGGACCGUGGUCUUUUUUUGUCCAAAAAAAAAAAGGAGUAAAAAAAGGAGGAGCUGCAUACUAUUAAGUAGCACUCACACUGAACCUUUUCCUUUCUGUUGUCUUACUGGUGCUUGGCACCCAUAUGGAAAAAAAAUUGCUAGCUUACGUUAUUCUUACAUUCCCUCCAAAAUCACAUGCCAUCAGGAAUAAUGUGUGCAAAAGUGGCCAAACAUUCACUUACUGCUGAUGCAUGUAACUCAUCAGUGUCACGUGAUCAAUCAGUCUGCAUGCAACAAAAAAAAAAUGCCUGGUUGGAUCUGAGUGGGAGGGUUUGAAAUCUGAUUGAAUGGGUCUGUAAACAAAUGGAUAAAAUUGUGGGAUUAUUUGGAACCGCAUGUGAAACACCAAACUCUAGCUGAAUUGCAUACCAAUCAGUAGAAGAGAUCUCAAGACACUGGUGGCAUCCUUACCUGCCAGAAAUUAGCUCUUUUAUUGGGGCGUAACCAAUUAUUAGGGAAAAAAAACGAUUCGUGCAAUUCAUUUUUGUCCACAAAGCUUAUGUCUUAGUAAUAUGGUGAACUAUUUUGCCUUUCUAUCUCCCAGCUUGACUAUACAGCAAAUCCUAAAACUAUCACGUUACUUGCAUGGUGGAUAAGGCAAAGCUGUGCUGCUUCUCAGACCCUUCCAUUCUUACACCAGAUUCACAAGCACUUACAGAUUCACAAUAGCCUACUCUUCAUGUUCUCCUACAGUUACUUAUCAGUAGUCAAACAUGACAUAAUCCAUCAGAACAGAGAGUGUUUCUGUGUAUACCUGAAAUGAUUAAGAUUAGGAUUAUAACUGGAAAAAAAAAAAUGCAAAAGUGAGGAAUGUCUUGUACAUUUAGUGACGUAUUUGAUGCAAAAAAAAAAAAAAUGAAUGGUUUCCUUCUGCCUUGCCUGAAUUUAUUUACAAUUCUCGUGGGCCGUUAUUUGGCCUUGAGUUUGCAUCAUGCUAACUGUGUAUCUGUAAGUAUGUUUCUAUGUAUGUUUAUAUGUAUGUAUAGUGUAAACCGCCUAAUGGAGGCAAUUAAUUCACGCUUUAUAUGUCGGAUUGGGAAAACUUUAAUCUCUUCAUAGGAUUUGACUGGGGAUAUACAGAUUUACAAAAUGGCAAACGUUUUUCUUAGUCUUUAUAUGGAUGAGAGCAUGCUCCAAACUGGGAGCGGGUUAAUCCAGCUUCUCAGUUUUUAUGUCUUAUCUCAGUGUUAUUAGAGAUACUGUCAGGCCCAAGCUCUUUGAUGGGUUGCAGCCCAAGGAUUUCUGGAUUCGAGAUUUUGCAACAAACCAGUCUUCUGCAUGUUUAUAUAUUUCCCAGAUCUCUAACUACAGAUUUACCAGGCCAUUUUAUCGAAAAAUCUGAACCUCUUUCUCAUUUCAUCUAGUCUAUUUAUGCUUUUUAAAGAAUUUUUGAAGAGACGCCUUGACUAUUUACUAUAUACAAGCCUUGAUGUGGUGAACGGGAGUAAAAAUAAUGUUGGGUGUGUGUGUUUCGAGGUCAGGAAGAAAAAACAAGCAUGGGGCCAGUUGAUUUUUUUUUUUUUUUUUUCAGGGCAAUGAAGACCCAUUAUUAAAAGCCUUAACAGCAUGGACAUGGUGAGAAACGCCUGGAAACCCUUCGUUAAUAUCCAACCUAAAAGACUAGAAAAAGAUCAGCAGCUUAACGAGGCAAAUUUUAAGAGGUCAUCUUUUCUAGGAAAACUUUUUGGAUAUUAUUUUUCUGUGUUGUGUUGCAAUUCUCUACAUGUCUUAACAGGUGAUUAGGUAUAUCUCCGUGUGCUAUGAUUGGAAAUUUACUCUUUGUGUUGUUCCUAAUACCUCAUAAGGCAACUGGAAACCAAAUUGGAAUGGAAAAAAGGCAUUAAAAUGCAUAAUAGAUAAUUAAUUCAUGCAAAGUGCUUGGUGAGAUGUUCUGUGUACCUUUUUUUACUGUGCUGUUGGCUGAAGUCUCGGUUUACAUGUAAUCUUUAUAUUUUCAAGUCUGCAAUUUUAAAAUCUAUUCUUAUUAUGCACUUGAAUCUGCAUUGUAUGUUGGUGAAGAUUGAGUGAGGGUUUGCUUUUUUUUUUAAUCGUAACUAUUGUUAAAUAUGUAUUUCCUGUCCAUUUUAAACAAGGCUGUAAACUGUCUUGUCAGAGGUAUUUAUAGUCGUCCACUUGAGUAUCUGUUAAUGAGAGAAACCUGUGUUCAGAUGUACUUUGUAUAUACAAUGGUGUACAUUACAGAGGUACAUUCUUUCUCUUUGGUUUUCUUUUUUUGGAAGGGGGGAGGGGUACAGGAUUGUACAGUAAUAGCAAUAGUAGUUUACUCUCAAAUACACCUUAUAUAAUUCCAUGCGUAGUUCUUGUAGUAAACAUUUUUUUAAUAAACCGCUUGCUAUACAUGUCAUUGA